AUGCUAACUACUGGAAUUAUACAGCCUAGUGUCAGCCCGUUCUCCAGCCCUAUUUUACUGGUGAAGAAGAAAGAUGGGAAUAAGUUCUCCAUCCCGAUCAUUGAUGAACUGCUGGAUGAGCUAUAUGGUGCUACAAUUUUCUCCAAACUGGAUUUGAAGUCGGGAUACCACCAGAUAAAAAAGGAGGAUGUUUAUAAAACGGCGUUCUGGACUCACGAGAGGCACUACGAGUUCCUGGUCAUUCCCUUCGGCCUCUCUAAUGCACCAGCCACAUUCCAAUCUCUGAUGAAUCAGGAGGUAUUGACAAUCUUGGUAGCAAAACAUCUCUACUCUAAUGCAAAAAAGUGUCACUUUGGGCAGCAUCAGAUAGAAUAUUUGGGGCACUUCGUCUCAGCUGAAGGAGUACCAGCAGAUCCUAGCAAGAAAGCAGCAAUGGUACAAUGGCCAACCCCUCUUAACAUUCGGGAACUUCGCGGGUUUCUGGGAUUGACUGGCUACUAUAAGAGGUUUGUAGCUGGCUAUGGUGCAAUAUCAUGGCCUCUUAUGCAACAAUUAUGGAAGGAUGCUUUCAAGUACGAUGAUGCAGAAACUGCCUUUCGAAAACUGAAGUUGGCUAUGACGGCAUUACCCAUAUUAGCUCUUCUAGAUUUCUCAAAGCCCUUCAUUAUUAAGACAGAUGCCUCGGGCCAUGGGUUAGGGGUGGUUCAGUUUGCCCUAUUGCCUAUUACAAUCACGUAUUAUCCGAAAAAUCUCUACAUAAAUCCAUCUAUGAAGGAAAUUAAUGGCCAUUGUCCUCGUCGUCCAAAAAUGGAGGCGACGGAUGCAUUGUCGCGCCUAAAUCCCUCGGUUGAGUUAGCUACCUUAACCAGCCAAGGUGUUGUGGACAAUCAGUUGCUCGAUGCACAAGUACAUAGGGAUCCAUACCUCUCUAAAAUAAAAAAGGGGCCGCAGGAAGACCCAGAUGUGUAUCCACAUUUCUCAUUGGAGCACGAGAAGUUACUCUAUAAAGGACGUCUAGCACUUCCCCAAUCCUCCCCACUAAUUUUGAUUUUCUUGAGAGAAUUCCACAGUAGCUUGGCCGGUGGGCAUUCAGGUUUCCUCCGCACUUAUAAGCCUCUUGCAGCCCCUACCAUUUUCGCUCUUAUAUGGGAAGAUGUUUCAAUGGACUUCAUAGAGGGCCUACCAAAAUCUGGAAAUUAUAAUUCCCUGCUGGCGGUGGUUGAUCGCCUUAGUAAGUAUGCCCAUUUCUUGCCACUGAAACAUCCCUUUACUGCAGAGGGAGUAGUUGCAGUCUUCAUUAAGGAAAUUGUCAGACUCCAUGGUAUUCCAAGAUCCAUUAUCUCAGAUCUUGACAAAGUGUUUCUUAGUCACUUAUGGUCAGAACUUUUUCGCCUCCAGGGGACUAUCCUCCGUCAAAGCACAGCUUACCGUCUGCAAUCAGAUGGGCAAACUGAAGUGGUUAAUUGGUGUGUGGAAAUGUAUCUUCGAUGCUCAACCUAUGGCAAACCAAAGAGCUGGAGCAAUUGGAUUCCGUGGGCAGAGUACUGGUAUAACACCACCUUCCACUCCUCUACAAAUACAACACCUUUCAAAGCAGUCUAUGGAAGGGACCCUCCCCCACCCAUCCGUUACGAUAGCCAGACCACUACAAUUCAAUCAAUAGAGCAGCAAUUAUAG